AUGGCUGCUUCAGCAAUAGGAGGAUGGGUGGCCUCAGCCUUCAUCACCAAGCUAGUUGAGAAGGUGUGCUCCUAUGCUGGGGACCAGUAUGAAUACCAACGGAAAGAUACAAAGGAGAAACUGAGAAUCCUAGAGAAGAAUCUAUCAUCGAUCCAAACAGCGAUACACAUAGCCGAGAGAGUGCAGGCAAAGAACACAGCCAUGGGAAGUUGGCUAAGGAGAAUCAAAGAUGCUGCCUGUCAAGCUGAGGAUGUUCUCGAUUUGUUUGACUAUCGAGUUCUCCAAGCACAAGCUGAAGACAGGGGCAUGAUUAGCUCAGUUGCUUCAGCUGCAGCUGGCUCGUCUUCUUCAUCCGCAAGCACCAUAACCACUGCCUCUACCACCACUAGCAGUAGCAGCGGCUCAACAGUAAAUCAGUCGGUUCGUCUUCUCAAACGCUUUCUAUUCUCUGAUGAAGAUAUAGAUGAGUUGAUUUCUGUAGUCGAUAAGUUUGUUGAGAUUGAUAGUGAGAUGCAAAGAUUUCUGGAUUUUGUCAAGAUAGAGGACAGCAAACCAGAACAGGCAGUUCAGUGGCGCACAACAAGCUCUAUGCCAAGCUCAGGGAAGUUUUUCGGUCGAGUUAAUGAAGAAAACCAUCUGAAGAAAUUACUUGUUCAGAUCAAUGAGCAAUCCAGUCAGCCAUAUGAUGUUAUAUCAAUUGUUGGUAUUGGUGGUGUUGGUAAGACAGCGCUAGUACAGAGAGUGUAUAACCACUUUCAUGACACACAUCACUUUGAUCUCACAGUAUGGCUCCAUGUCUCAGAUAAAUUUGAUGUUGUACGUCUAACAAAAGAGAUGGCAGAGUCAGAUAAUCUCAGCAGUAGUUUAGAUCAAGCUCAGAGGAUACUUCGGGAUAAGCUGAAUGGGAAAAAGGCUUUGAUAGUCCUUGACGAUGUAUGGAAUGUAUUGAGGAGCCAAUUGGAGAACCUGUUCAAACCCCUGAAGUUUGCUAGCAAGGGCAGCAAAGUAAUAGUUACAACUCGAAGCAAAAAUGUUGCAAGUAUGAAUGAAUCAACAGAGAUCAUGGAGUUACAUGGCUUAGAAGAUGAAGACUACUGGGAUUUCUUUUCACAAUGUGCAUUCGGUGAUGCAAAUCCUUCUGAUUUUCCAAAACUGAAAAAAAUUGGCCAAGAAGUGGUGAGCAAGUUGGCCGGAUCACCUUUAGCUGCAAUGACAGUUGGGAGUUCACUGAAACCGGUGCUAAAAGAAAAACAUUGGAGUUCUAUCUGUGGAAGAAAAUUGUGUCAAAUAGAGCAAAAGGAAGAUGAUAUUAUACCAGUAUUGCGACUGAGUUAUGAGCAUCUUCCUGACCAUUUGAAGCAAUGUUUUGUUUACUUUGCAUUGUUUCCUAAGAAAUACCACCUUCAAGGAGAUGAGCUAGUACAGAUGUGGAGAGCUCAUGGUUUCCUUAACACAGAUGCACCAGAUGAAAUUGCAUAUCGUUAUAUCAAUGACCUGUUGCAGCUUUCAUUCAUUGAGAAGGUACCCAGCCAAGAUGACCAUUAUGUAGUUCACGACUUGCUGCAUGAUUUUGCAGAGUCGGUCUCCAAUGGAGAACACUUCAGAAUAGAAGAUAAACUCCAGGUAUGCGUUCCAAGAAAUGUUCGCCACCUAUAUGUCAGUGCAAGCAGUAUAUCUGAGGUGUACUGGAUUUUGCAAGAAUUCACAGAAUUGAAGAAAAAUCUGAGAAGCUUAAUAAUUUGCAAGGCAGAAGAAGGUGCUUCCCAGAAAAGAAUACCCUCAUCAACCUUCAAUUAUGGUCUUGGUCAGACACUCCAAGAGCUAAGAAGCUUAAGGGUCUUAGUACUGCACAAUCCUGAUGGUAUUCUCCCAGACAAAAUUGAUCAUUUGAAACACCUUAGGUAUCUAAACAUUCAUGGAAGUAUGAGAUUUAUCAAUGUCCCCGAGUCAUUAUUCAAACUCUACCAUUUACAUGGAUUGAGUCUCCAAACUCAUCAAGACAGGAUCGUGGAAAAGGAACUCCAAGAGGGCUUAAGUAGGCUGACCCAGUUAAGAUACCUGAAGGCUCCGAAGAAAAUAAUUUCAGGCAUAGAAUGGAUUGGCAAGCUAAGAUCCCUCCAGGAACUAGAAGAGUACAAAGUGAAGAGUAACAUGAAGCGCAACAUAUGCCAACUGAGGGAGUUGAAUGAACUUCGAGGGACGCUAACCAUAACAAAUCUUCAGAAUGUAAGAUGCAGCAAAGAAGCAAAUGAGGGUUACAACCAAAUGCCAACUUGA